CCCUCCUCUCAGGGGAUGGCCAAGGUCCAGGAUGGACACACAAACGCAUGUGACAGCUCUGCGAUGUUAGAGGAGAGCCAGGAUGGUAUGGACAGUGGUACCCUAACUCCUGGCUCAGCUCGACAGGUUACCAUCCAGCGGCACCCCACUCAAGGCUUCGGCUUCAUUGCAGGCAGCCAGAGGCCUGUAAUUGUACGCUCCGUCUCUGCUGACGGCCCCUCCUUUGGCAAGCUUCUCCCUGGAGACCAGAUCUUGGCUAUUAACGAGGAGCCGGUGAGCGACGCGCCCCGGGAGAGAGUCAUAGACCUUGUAAGACGCUGCAAAGACUCUAUAGUUCUCACUGUGCUGCAGCCCCAUCAGUCACCUAAGUCUGCCUUCAUAAGUGCAGCCAAAAAGGCCCGCCUGCGAACUAACCCGCCUAAAGUGCGCUUUUCAGAGCAAGUGUCCAUCAGCGACCCAGACUCAACAAUGCUCAAGGACGACUCCUUGCUACUCAUACCAAAUGUGUUGAAGGUGUUCUUGGAGAAUGGACAGAUUAAGUCCUUUACGUUUGAUAGCCGUACCACUGUUAGGGAUGUGAUCUCCUCCCUGCAGGACCGCCUAUCACUACGCUACAUUGAGCACUUUGCCCUGGUGCUGGAGGCAGGUGGUCUGGACCAGAAUCAGAGGUUGCAUCUGCUGCAGGAGAACCAGCCUCUAUCACAUGUGGUGCACAGAACCUAUUUCCAAGGGAUGAAGUGUCUGUUCCGCAUCUGCUUCUUCCCCAAGGAUCCUGCAGACCUGCUGAGGAGGGACCCCGCUGCAUUUGAGUACCUCUAUAUACAGAGUCGCAAUGACGUCAUCAAGGAACGCUUUGGCAUGGACUGGAAAUCUGACAUCACAUUACGAUUGGCUGCACUCCACAUCUACAUCACUGUGUCCUCGGCAAGGCCCAAUCAGAAGAUCUCUCUCAAACAUGUGGAAAAAGAGUGGGGCCUAGAGCCUUUUCUUCCUCUCACUCUGCUUCCAACAGUCAAGGAGAAGAAUGUGUGUAAGACCCUGUCUCAGUUGCUGAAGACCUAUCAGCAUCCACCACCAUCAGGGAAUAAGGUCCCUCCUCUCCAAGGAAAGCUGCAGUACAUGCGUGUUCUCAAUGACCUUCCACCUUUUGGUGGAUUGCUGUUCCACACUGUUGGACUGGAUGAGAAACAGUCUGCCACAACUCUGCUGGUGGGUCCACGACAUGGUAUUAGUCAUGUGAUUGAUCUGAAAAACAACCUUACAACAGUUCUGGCUGAGUUCAGCAGGGUUGCCAAGAUCCAACUCUAUCGGGAGAAUCAAGGAGUGGCUCGGGUGGAGGUGUCCAUCCAUGAGGCCAAGCCCCUGGUCCUACUGAUGGAGUGGCCUGAUGCCAGUAAUUUUGCAAGCCUCAUCUCUGGCUAUUACAAGUUGUUUGUGGACCCUAAAAGAACCAUAUACUUCCGAACACCGGGUCAGUCUCAACUGACCAAGGCAGAUUACAGAAGUGCCCAUCAACGUUCUGGGGCUGCAGGCUCAUCAAGUGGAGGACGACGAGGAGACGAGAGGGAAAGCUCACACAGAGAGCCAGGGUCUUCUAGGGCCCUUGUUCCUGCUGAGCCUCAACACCUAGGCCUGUGUCAUGUCCACCUUCGAGAACAGCAGCAGCUUCAGGAGCUCCAAACACAGGCUGAAGCUGAGCUUGACAUCAAUGAGAACUUCAUUUCCCAGGAGCCCCCUGGGAGGCCCCGCACCAAGUCUGACCCCACCUUGCAAAGUACAGAGGAAAUAGGCAGGGUUUCAGAAAGCCCAGCAGUGGAAAAUGCAAGUUAUAGAAGCCGAGCCCAAACACUGGGUCAGUCCCAGAAAACCACACGAUACUUCUGUGACUCGUGCAAAGCCAGGCUUAGGGCAGAGGGUCUAUCAACAGCAAAUAGUAGUGGGAGUUCAGGGAAACAGUGCUCCAGCAUGUGUGCCUCUCGUGAUGGAGGUGCUGUCGACCUCAUGGCCCUGCCUCCACCAGGGAAUGAAGAAGAGGAUGAGGAGGAGGUAGAUAAUGGAGGAGGGAAGCUGCAACCACCACCACCUGCUAUUGCUGCCCCACCACCUGGGUUCAGGGACAACAGUUCAGAUGAGGAUGACCCUAGGAGAGGGAGGAAGGCUCAGACCAGUGCCGGCCCAGGAGCUGCCUCUGGGAAGUUGGUCCAGGCCAAGGAAGAUGUGCCUGUGACACUGAUUGAUAAUGUGGCCACAAGAACAGUGCGCGAUCAUGCCCAGGAGCUUGAUGAUGCUUUGGUGUCUACCUUGCAAGCACUAGAGGCUUUGGCAGCUUCUGAAGACUACCCCCAUCAUCCUCAACAGCCAGCACAGACUGCAGGGCUGAUUGUGUUGGCUGCCAUUACACCUGAGUCAUCACUGGACUCAGGCCAUGAGACCAACUCCUCUGAGUUAACAGAUGUCUCUGAGAUGGUGUCAGCCAUGAAGCAGCACCAGAACCAGGCCUACCUACUGGCUCACCACAUCAACAAGGAGCGUAUCCUCUGUCGCCGUGACUUCCCCCUGGCUAUCCCUGGCUGCACUGCACAGACCAUAGGUACUGGGGCCUUCUCUGUGGGUCAGAUCCGUGCCGGCUGUCCACCCAAGCAAGUAAUCCUCAGCAAGACUGUUCCCUUUAAAGUCAGCCCCAGUCAAGAGACUGCAACACUCAGUAUUGUUGGGGAACAUGGGGGCAAUGAAGACACUCAGACAGAACAGAACACAGAUCUCAAAGCAAAACCAGAGUCCACCAAAGCGAACACACCUAAUCUCCCUUCUAAGUCACCAGAAGAACUUAAAGUGUCUGAUCCAUCACCAACAGGCCAAGGCAGCAAAGAUCAGAAGUCAUCAAAUUGUUCCGGGGAAAAACUGAGCCAAAAUCUUUCUGAGGGCGUAAAGGGGAAAACAAAUGCAGCUCCUAAUACAGACCCUACCAACAAAGCCUUACCUAUCCUAUUACCUGUGGACAGAACUGUCUCUGCCAAGAGUACCCCCACUAUCAUGUGCCAAGAUGCCGAGACUGCCUCUAGUGAGACCAUGAAGCCUUCAAGCUCUAAAGAACUUCUGCCAAUUGAUGACCUUUUCUGCACAUGCCCAGUGCGUGUGGAGCCUGGGCCUCAGCUAAGACUAAAAGAUCCACAGGUUCAAAAGGUAGUAGUGUUUCAGUCCUCCUCUCCCACAGACGAUGAACGGCUUCGUGCAAAAGGCCUUGAGCUGGCUAACAAUAAAGAUAAUGCAGUGAGAGGGGGAGCAGCAGAUCCCACAUUAGUUAAACCCAGCCAUCAAAUCCAAACCAAGUACUCCCCUCGCAUGCCUGUAAAAUCGGAGAGAAAAGAAGCAGCUGAGGGCAAGACUGAGGGUUCCCAGGGAAAAGCACACCCUGAGCCACAGAAAUGUCCCUCAAAAUCUUUACCUAUUUUGGAAGAUCCCACACACCCCAGCACCUCUGUAGAAAAGGUCUCCACUCUCCCAGCCAGUGACUCAAAGAAACAGGGGAGUGGCAAGGGAAAGUCCCAACGCAGUGCUCCUUUCCUGAGCUUCAGAAACCUGCUUUCAGCUACGUUCCCAGCCAGAAUGCGAAGAGAGACAGAUGAGAGACGGGCUCAGUUGCAGAAAGUUCGUCAGUAUGAGCUGGAGUUCUUAGAGGAGCUACUGAAGCCCAAGUCAUCGCAGGGAGAGUAUCUGCCCCAAGGAUCCUCUCCAGUGCCCUCAGGUACUCCUUGUGCCUGCCAGCUCCGUACCAGUCCUGUCCUGAAGGCUCCAGGAAUCUCCAGGGAGCAGCGACGUAGCUGUGACUGUAAGAGAAUGUGCAGAGGUAUGCGUCUACCUGACACACCAGUUGGCUCAACUACAGAACCACAGCACAGGGGCAGAGAGAGGAAUAUUGCGAAAACCCCUCCAGCAGUCCCCAAAGCCCCUCACACCCAAGGUGGUACAAGAAGACCUCAGACCCUAGAGAUAAAGACCACACGAAUACGCUCUACAAGCCUUGAAUCUAGAGAGCCAAGGCGAGAGCAGGGCUCCUGCCUGCCCACUUGCACAUCUCAAACAGAUUGCAUGGGAGGUCCACAAUAUAAGAAGCUCCAGAGGAGAUACAGCAUUGGAGAGGUCGAUAAUAGCACUAGUACACCUGUAUAUGCUGAGGUGAAGCCGAAAGCCAAGAGUCUAGAGAAGGAGAUGGAGAGAGUGAGAGCCACAGGACUGAGGCUCCCCACCCCUGUGGAGCCAGUCCACACUCAUUCUCAUCAGGCAGAGGGAAAAGGCAAGAAGGGAGUGUUCUUCAUUCAGGGAGAGGAGCUACUACGUGAUAAUAGAGAAGGAGCUAGUGAGGUGCUGCUGGCCCUGCCCAGUGAAGAUAGUGAUGACAGGGAGAAAUGCUGCUCAUUCUGCUUCUGCUACAGGAAGUGUGAGGCAGCAGAUGAAAGCAGUGAGAAGGAUGAGCUCUCAUACUCCAUACCCCUUCAGGUCCUUCCAGGCAUGCAGCUAGACUCACGUACCCUGCCUGUAGUCAGCAAAACUCUCCAGGUUCUUAAUGCAGAAGACUGCAGUGGGGAGGAAGAAGAGGAAGAGGAGGAGGAGCCACAGACACAAGAAAUUGACCUUAGAGCCUGUGGAACACUGGAGGGGAGCCUGGCCCGAGUACAGGCACUCCAGGGGAAGACUUUCAGCCUCCCUGAUGGCUUCCUAAAUGCCCAGUUGGAUGCUAAUGAGUUGCUAGCUAUCCUGCGUCAAUGUGCUAACAGCCCACAAGCUGAGGGAGAGGCUCGUCUCCAGCCCUCACGGAUUGCAGAGUAUAAACAGGAGCUAGCAGUUCGCUUCAAAGAAUUUCGGGCAUCUUGUCGGCGAGUGGCCAGUGUUGAAAAGAGCCCAACUCGUAUGCUUGCUGUUGUGACAGCCAGCUUUCAAGUGUUGUGUGACCUAACUCAGACCUUCAUCAAACUGGUCAGAGGUGUGCGUUCAGAAACCCAAAGGCUGCAGCUGCUGAGAAAAGUUGAGGAAGUAGCUAUCAACUACACUUUGCUUCUGCGCGCAGCAGAGGAAUCAAUGGGACAUUCAAGCAGCUUGCCGACGAAGACAGUGAGCCCUCAAAUUUCCACCAACACCAAUAAUAUGAGCUCUCUCACUCGACCCAUCAAAACUCUUCCUGCCCAGUAAAGAUAUAAACAGAGCCCUGGCAAGGCCAUGAGAAAAAAUAUUAUUUUGUGUGUACAAAACCCUGAAUUGUGCCCACAAAAUACUAAACUGAGGUCAUGAAAUCUUAAUUUGUGCACACACUUUACUUUUUUAUGCUCUCAGUUUGACUUUUCAAGCCCUCGGAUUCCUAAAAUUGUGCCCACAUUUUAGUUAUAUUGUACCCUUGCCUAAAGAAACCUUCCUAUGAUUAAUGGAUAAGCUGACA